UCAUAGGCACUUUCAUAUAGGAAUCUAUUAUUAAAAUUAUUUUCUGAGUAACAACAACAACAACAACAGUUAUCUGUAAACAAUUAUUUCUCUCUCUAGUUAAGGAUGGCACACCCACAGAUGAAGAAUUAGAAGAAUUGGGUGACAAAAUUGUAGAAAAUUGGAAAAAGCUUGGGCGCCGCCUAGAUAUCACUGAUACAAAGCUCCUGGAAAUAGCUCAAGCUCACGACCAACCGUCUGAAAAGGGAUACUAUAUGUUGAAGCACUGGAAACAAGAAAAAGGUUCUGCUGCAACCUAUGAAGCAUUGUGUGGUGCUUUAAAACAUAGACUUGUACAACGCCAAGACUUGGCUGAGCAGUUUUGUUACAUUAAUGGGCCCUCUGCCAGUCAGCUGCCUGCUGGUCCAGCACCAGAAGAAAGAGUGACAGGAGAAGUACCUGGAACUUCAGCCCAACAUCAAGAAAAUUCCAGUGGAGUGAAAAGUAAUCUGAAACGGAAAAGUUCCGAUCCAAAUCCCGAACGAGGUAACUUGCCUUUUAAGAUUUUCUGUGCUAGUGCCAGUAGCAGAAACACAGGGAAUCAAGAUCCUCAAGAAGAAAGACUAAGAGAAGAAGUGAACCGCUAUAUGAAACAGAAGAUUGAUGAGGUGAAUUCGCAGGGAAUAUUUGAUUACUCUGAACCUAUAGGGAUACAUCGCUUCUAUGCGUACUUAGUAGGAGAACGUAAUCUAAUAGAUGUGAACUUUGGAAAGAGUAGCAUUAAAGUGAUUGUCAAAUGCCGUACCGUGGAAAUACUUGAAGGUCUGUGGCGUGAUUAUUGCUGUGGUCACCUAAAUGUAGUAGCCGAGGAAUGCCUCAUUACAGAGACGGUUAAGGAGGAGCUUUGUAUGGAGACCAUAAAGCUGAAAACAACUAUCUUGGAAGAGGACUACGUAGCAUGCAAAUUGUCUUUGAUGGAAAUUCCAGAAACUCCGAGUGUGGCAACUUCUCUCACCACUGCUUCUACUUUUUCAUCCACUGCAACUGCUGCUGUCGCCGCUGCUACCGCUGAGGCAGUUGGUGUCCCAGCCUCUCCUGCUGAAACUGAACACGGGGAAAGUUUCUUUACACGGUUUCUUUCCUUCUUGAAUUUUGCUAAAGCUCAAUUUGUCCCCGCCGCUGCUGCUGAUGUGGAUGAUAAAGGAGAUGAAGAAAAAUUAACAGCUCUUCAAACGCAAGGAAAUGAUGGACUACAUUCCCCUAAAAGACCAGACCGCGGUACUGUUGGCCGCCCUAUCCGGUUAAGGGCAAACUUCUUCCGCCUCAAUAUUUCGCCACAGCUAUCAGAUCUGUACCGCUAUGAUGUGGAGAUAACUGCACACAGGUUAUACAAGUGUCCCCAAACGGUGAAAAGAGACGUUGUGAAUGAAAUCAUAAGGAGGUACAAAGAUACAACAUUCCAAGGUCACCAUCCCGCUUUUGACGGCAUGAGGAACUUGUAUAGCAGAAUCAAACUUCCUUCAGCAGAACUCAGUGUCAAGUUACCUUGUGAAGAUGGAAACGACAAAGACUUCAAGGUUAAAAUCCAGUUUGUAGCAUCAGUUAGUCUCCUUGAAUUGAAAAAGGUCCUGAGUGGUAAACAAAGUGGGGAAAUUCCACAAGAUGCAGUCAGGGCAUUAGAUAUUGUCAUGCGGGAGAUGCCAUCAUUGCAUUACACACCUAUUGAGCGAUCGUUCUUCCCAUUCGAUGGUCCAGGGAGACUCCUGGAUGAGAGGUGUGAGGUGCAGGUUGGUUUCUAUUCAAGUGUUAGACACUCUGAAUGGAAGGCUAUGCUGGUGAACAUUGAUGUCUCUGAAAAGGUGUUUGACAAGAGCCAAGAUGCCAUAGGCUUCUUAUGUGAAAUCCAUGGACCUGAUGUAACGCCCCAAAGUCUUGAAGACCGUAGCUUUCCACUCGAUAAACAAAGGCUUGAGAAGGCCAUACGUGGGAUCCGUAUACAAACCACUCUUGCAGCCUCUAUUAAGAGAAAGUACACCGUGUGGGGAGUUACAGACCUUCCCGCAGAAAAGCUUCAGUUCGAUGUUCAGGAGGAACUAACUGGUCGCAAAGUCAAAACAACUGUAGUCAAAUAUUUUAAGGAUAGAUACAAUUUGCCUCUGAGAUAUCCUCACCUACCCUGCCUACAAGUUAGCCAGAAAAAAGAUUAUUAUCUUCCAUUGGAAGUGUGUACCCUUAUUCCCUGUGAAAGAAGAUAUCUGACUGAUGAGCAGAUUGAAAACCUGAUCAAGAGUACUGCACGCUCAGCACCUGAACGACAGCGUAAUAUUCGUCAUUGGGCCCGAGAAAUGAUACAGACCAGUAAGAAGUAUUUAAAGGAAGAGUUCCAGACUUCUGUUAGCCCAUUAAUGGUCAGGGUAGAUGGCCGUGUACUGCCAGCACCUAAAAUCAAGCUUGGACCACAAGAUCAAGCUUUGGUUCCACGGGAUGGUUCGUGGGACCUACUUAACAACUCAUUUCAUGAGGGAGCCCAGAUUGAAACCUGGGCUUUAGCUUGUUUUGUUCCUUCCCAUUUGUGUGGUGAAGAUGAUCUGAGAAAGUUUGGUCAGCAAAUGGCGUCUGUGUCUUGUGGAGAGGGAAUGAAGAUGACAGAGGAGCCAGCUGUAAUGACAUACGCGAAGGCCGACAGUGAUGUUGAAAAUCUGUUCUGUAAGUGGGUAGUAGAGAUCCCAGAUCUUCAGCUCAUCAUGGUUGUCCUGCCAGAAAGAAGUAAGCGUCUUUAUCCUGAGAUCAAACGAGUCGGUGACAUCGUUCUUGGUAUUCCAACUCAAUGUGUUCUGUCGAAGUAUGUGCAACAAGCGAAACCUGACCUCUGCGCCAACAUCGCCUUGAAAAUAAAUGCAAAGCUGGGUGGAAUCAAUCAUGUUAUUGAUCUGGCAGACAAGUCACCCGUAUUCAGAGAACCUGUCAUCAUUUUUGGUGCUGAUGUAACACACAUUUUCCCCUCUAAUAAGAUUCCGUCCAUCGCUGCUGUUGUUGCCAGUAUGGAUACAAAUGCAGCUAAAUACCGCGCACAAGUUCGAGCGCAGAGUCACUACAUAUCAGGAGGUUUCCGGGAUAUAAUCAACGAUCUGGCUGCUAUGGUGAAAGAGCUUCUUAUCGAGUUCUACAAAGCCAACAGGACACUAAAGCCGUCCAAAAUCGUUUUUUACCGAAAUGGAGUCAGCAAGGGUCGGUUUGACCAAGUACUAGUUCAUGAAGUGCGUGCUGUUCAGGAGGCCUGUAUGAUGCUGGAAAAGGAAUAUCGCCCAGGAAUCACUUUUGUUGUGGUUCAGAAGCGGCAUCAUACAAGACUAUUCUGUGAAGACAAACGAGAUGCCUCGGGCGCAGAUGAGAAUGUACCCCCAGGCACCACUGUUGACAGUGGUAUAACACACCCAUAUGAGUUUGACUUCUAUCUGUGCAGCCACUUUGGAAUCCAGGGAACAAGCCGACCUACACACUAUCACGUUUUGUACGACGAUAACGCCUUCACAGCAGACGGUCUUCAACAGCUCACUUAUCAGCUCUGUCACCUGUAUGCACGGUGCAAUCGUAGUGUCUCCAUGCCAGCCCCUGCCUAUUAUGCACAUUUGGUGGCGUUCCGAGCUAGACACCACGUGACCAAUGGUGAAAAUGAAAGCGGCAGUGGCAUCAAGGACGUGGUAGAUUUGGAGAAGUCUUCAAGAGCCAUUCAAGUAAACUACAGAAUGAAAGGAGCGAUGUAUUUUACGUAAAGACUUAGCUGGAUAACACUGUGUAUAUAUGUAACUUGAAAUACCACGUAUAAAGAAAGGAUGAAAAAUGCAAUGUAGUGUAAUUGACGGGUAACCAGACAUUACUGAAAAUGUCUCCAUAGAGUCAUGUAGGACUAUUUAUAUGAAGACAAAAUCCUGAUUCUUAAUUAGUUUGUUGCCUUGGCUUUUAAACAGCAGUGGAUUUGAGCUUCUACUUCGUCUACCGUACGAAAAAAAAGACUAGAUACAUGUACAGUUCUGCACCGAAAUACAAUGAAUGACUCACAAACAUGUUCUCAUUUGUGUACAGUACCCGAAGAAGGAGCCGGGAUUUUUUAUAAAUGCUGUUGCAUUUUGUUAGACUUAGCAUUGCCUUAGUUGGAAACCGAAUCGUAACAUAACUGUAUUCAGGUGUAAGUACGGACAUAAGUUGUACAGUGUUAUUUGCUAUUUUCACUAUGGCCGAUUUUGUAUUCUGUACGAGUAGUGUAAGUACCGUAAUGUAAGUAAUGUAACGUGUAGAGUAUUCCAGGUAAGUAUCUUAAUGUACGUAAUGUAAAUAUGGCAUUGUAAGUAGUGUUCUUUGUGUGGCAUUAAUAAAAUAAAAUAAAAAAGGUCGAGCCUCCAUUAACGGCCACCUCUGUACAACGGCCACUUUUUUGUCCCGGUGGACGGUUGGGCUCGAUUACCAGCUGCUGUUCGGGAAAGAAGCUCGCGCUCCGGACUCGAUAAUGCGGCGGCAAUCGCGCCUAGCGAACGGUGCGAACCCUCACUCUCAUUUUAACCUCUCUACAGCGGCCAUCUCUCCACAACGGCACGGUCGCUUAAGUGCGUCCCAACUGCCAAAAUAACUUCUGGACAACGGUCAGUUAUUCAACGUCUGACGAACGGUGUACUGAUACAAGAACCCAUUUUCAGUCCUGUAGAAGUUCACAAAACUUGGUUUCUGUUUUAUUGAUAAAUUCUGAUUGUGAUACGCAAAAAAAAAAAACACAAACAAACAAAGCAAAACAGGUAUACUACAACCCCACCUCUCCAAAACGCUCCGCAACCGCUCUACAACGGGCACUUUCCUCUGUCCAGAAGGUGGCCAUUGUAGAGAGGUUCAAAUUGUAGUAAGUUAAUAUGUAAAUUCACUUUUCUCCUAAGUUAAAGUUAUCAUAAAGAGGACAAAUGUCAAUAGUACUUUUAAGUUGAGAAUAUUAUAUUUAGAGAGCUAAGGAUUUUAGGUGGAUAUUAUGUAGUGUGAUUUAGUUUUGACCUGCUGCUUCGCCAGAGAAAUUUGUUUUUUCUCGGAUUAGCUUCUAGUGCGUAGAACGAACAUCAGAAGGAUCAGUGUAUAUUGAUAAAUUAGGUAAAAUAAAUAGGAAUUUAGUGACACAUCCCACGGAGAAGCUCUUCGUCCAAUGUUUCCGGAUUGAAAAACCUUCGGAGCAAGGCGAAAACCAGCAACAAAUUCAACCCACUUAUGACGCCGGGUCCAGGCCACUUUGGUGGGAAGCGAGCGCUUUCUCCACUGCGCCAUAGAGUGUUUUGCCAUCCAGUUACGGUAAUUUAUGUUCCCUCAGUAUUCAGGACCAAGAGAAGAUCCAAGGGAAGGGAGUGAAGUCUCCAUAUACAUGAAGGCCUUAUACCCAUGAUAAAAUUAUUUUUAGACAGGGUUCCUAGUUCUUCCGAGUAUUUUACUCGCGUGAUGCGUGGACAGCCCAAGUGACCUGAGACGAAAUGGCGGGAAAUGUGGUUUUCUGCACUAGCUCCCUGCCGUCUUGUUUUGUUCGGCUGGUCUUCCGGUUUGCUUUGUGCUUGUUUGGCUGUUCAUUCUUUAGCCGUUUAUUCGGUUUUAGAGAGGUUAUUAAUAAGCAAAUUAAACCACAACGGUAACGAGUACAACGGCCGUGUACGCGUAUGUUAUAACUCGGCUAUGUUCUUUUCUUUGCCGUUCUUCACAAAACAACUACUUGAACGUGGAAUGACCGCAUUCAACGCAUUCUAAAGAACGUGAAAUUCCACCGCCAAUUUUUGAAAUUUGUUUUUGGAAUUUCGACGCUGCCUUACAUGCUCUGUUUGGGAUAUCGUUGACAGCGAUAGACUAACUGAAUGAAUCUAAAUCCUUGAAGAUUUGUAGGAUGAGUAAAAGUCGUUUUGUAUUUUAUUAAGAAAUAAAAUGAUGAUAAUCGCGGGGACUAAUCGAGGUUGUCCUUGGAGUUGUCGUUGUUGCUAAAACUCCCUUUUGCCGUGUGGGUGGGUAGCGUCUAUCCUCAAUUUCAACCAGCUGUUUGCUCGGUAAUGCUUAGUUUUAAUGCUUAGUAGUUCGUUUCCUUUGCACUCGAUUGGCUGCUCUUUUUUCUGCCGCUCAAAUUCGCAGGGUGCAACUAACGGGAAAAACAAGGGAACACAACCUGAUACACAGUUUCCUCAUUGAAGACGCAAGUUAUUGAUACAGAAUUCGAGAAUUGGUUCUAGACUAAUAGAGUGUUUUCUCUGUCACGCAAUAAAAAAUAAAAUCAAAAAUCAUUCAGUGGAUAACGUCAAAAAAU